CCACUUUGAGCCUCUAGAAUGCUUUCUUCCUGGGGUAAUUGCCUGAUGUAUGACCCCUCCCAGCAUGACAAAAGUUGAUUUUCUCGGGCAAAUUCUUCAAUAUAAGAAGGAAUGGACGAAGAAAGAUGACAAACUACCAGACUUUUCCUAUGCUGACCACCCCGCAGCAUAUACCCUUCGCGCUAGAUCAGGAGACCAAACACGAUACAUCCAGUCUGCACUAGAUCACAUAUCCCAAUCAGGCGGUGGAGUUCUCGCACUCGAAACCGGGACUUAUCUACUAAUUACUAGCUUAAUGAUAGCUAAUGGGACGACACUACGAGGUGCAGGUGUUGGAAAAAUCAUACUUACUCGAAAAGGUUUGGAGAGUGAUUUUUUAAAACUGGGGAGCACAAUCAGAAAGCAGAAAAGACACACGAGCGUGAAGCUUACUGAUGGAUAUGUACCAACUGGCACAAACACGGUACGCGUAUCUGACGCAAAUGGAUUGGCAGUUGGUAUGCACCUCAUGCCCUAUGAGCCACCUGUAUUUGCUUCAGAGAUUGGAAUUGAAAACCUUAGCAUGAUCAUCAAACCAAAAUGCUCAGGAAUACCACUCAGUGACACUCGAUGCCGUGGGUUCAAUAACCACAUCGACAUUGAGAAGUUUGCAUCUCGAACUACGGUUACUUGUGUUGUCAUGAACCGUGACGGCGUGACGGAUCGUGGGGCAGGGUACGCUCUCGACAUCGACAUUGGAGGCUCACAAGUUUUGAUACAUAAUUGCACGACUAGAGGAGCAAAGAACGCAAAGAGUUACGGAGUGGCAACAAAAACACUGGCAGCUGGUCCAAAUGCAUGUAUUGGCUACACGGCGAUGGAUCCCAUUGAGAGCAUUCAACCUCACCAACGAUGGGCUCACGGGUUUUUGAAUGAGGGAAGUAAUGGUCGCGGCAUUGCUGUUCAGGAAUCGUGGUAG